AUGCAAACUACCAAUGCUGUCAAAGUAUUUAGUUGGCGUGCUUGUAAUGAUGCUUUACCCCCUAUGCAAAAUUUGUACAAGAGGAAGAUUGUAGAGGAACCUUUGUGUCCAAUAUGUCACCAAGCUGAAGAAACUCCAGGUCAUGUUCUAUGGACCUGUCCAUCUGCACAGGAUGCUUGGAUGUUAGGAAGCAAACAAUUACAGAAAGCUGCAAUCACUCAUGAAGAGUUUGGAGAUAUUUUUAUGCAGAUGCUUCAGAGAAUUGGUAAAAUCGAAAUCUGUUUGCUUGCAGAAAUUCCUAGAAUGUUAUGGACAAUAAGAAAUAAGAUGUUGUAUGAAGAUAGUUUUAUAGCCCCUUCCAUUUUGAUGAAGAAAGCAACUGAUUUCCAACAGAUGCAACAUCAACAAUUCCACUCGAGAAAUAAUGGCAAAUUAGAUCAAACAUGUAAUACUCAUUGGCAUCCUCCUGAGACAGAUUGGCUUAAGAUAAAUUGGGAUGUUGCAGUAAGAGGAAGAAGUCAUAAAAUUGGAGUUGGAAUUGUAGUUAGAGACUUUGAAGGGAAUUUAUUGGUUUUGUGCCUGCAACCAUUACAAUUCUGCUCACAAGCUACUAUGGCAGAAGCAAGAGGCUUAAUAUCAGCUGUAAAGCUAUGUAAAGAGUUCAGUUUGCAAAAAGUAGUUUUUGAAGGAGACUCACUUCAAGUUGUAAAUGCAGUUAAAAAGCAUUUUCAGGAGAAUGGUAUAAGGGCUCAAGUUAUGGUUGAUAGGCAUGGAUCAGGUUUUGGUUCUACUGUAAUAGAUGUACUACAAUCUAGUGUAAAUGAUGGAGGCCAUGAUAAUGUAGGGUUUGUUUCUGACCUUGACAAUGUAAUGGCUGAAGGCCAUAGUGUGUUUAUUUGA